AUGGGCCAGAGUCCUGGGAACUCAGCCAGCAGCUCCCCCUCUUCAGCCCCCACUGAUGGAGGACCUCCCGGGCCGCUGUGGGCCCCAGAUUCGCCUACUCGGCUGCAGCCUGUCUCCAGGACCCCUCUGACCCGGCCGGGGUGCUGCCGCCAUCACUCCCCGGUCUGCUACAGCAAUGUCUGCCUCACAGGCCUCAGCAAGCAGGAAUGCAGCCCCGAUGGGGAGGAGCCAGACAAACAGGAAGUUGGAGAACAGAGAAAGAGGAAGAGGCCUCCUCCAUGCGUCAAAGUUUUACCAACUAACUCUACUGUGCCAGAUUUGAUCACAGAAGCAGUCAAGGCCCGGCCUCUAGGGCAAAGGAGCAGGGCAGACCCCUGCCCACUGUGCUCAGUCACCCUCAGACGCGCCCCACCCGGGAACACGCCUUCAGCGCGUCGUGGGACCCUGCGAUACCUGUCACUCACCGCAGUCCGCAGUGACAAAGGUGCCACCGGGGCCUGCCCUCCUCGCGCCUCUUCUCCCACCCCCGCCCCCCCAGAGUCCCCUGACAUGGAGGCAAAGACUGAGUUCACUGUCACCAGGAGACUUGGCAGCCACUCCACUCCUGGGCCUCAGUGAGGGUGAGACCAGGGUCUGGGACCACCCUGGGAGGGAGCCACAAAGCUUGUGAGCCACUCGGAGACAGCAGAGAAGGGAUAAGACACUGACAGGUUGAAUUUCCCCACACUGCACCAGGACGGAGCCUAUUUUCUCAGCCACCCAAGUGCGGUUUUAAAUGGAAAACACACGGCGUGGGGCAGAAGCCUGUGUA